CGGGGCUCAGGGGCUGAGGAGGCUACGCGGGUGAGGAAGCGAGCGAACGAGUUCUGCCGACGCUGCUUGGAACGCAAAUCUCCCGGAACUGCUGUGCUGGACACGAACAAGAUGCGCGGCGAACGGGGAGCGGAAAACAGGGCGCGAGGACACUGCAGGGUGUCUCUGAGCAAAGCGCGCACACACCUCAGACGUGUCUCGAGAAAAGGGACCCAUCCGCGCGGUCUACGUGUCGCCUCCGGGAUCCUCGCCGCCUCCCUUUUACUGCUGCUCCUCUUCACACCGCAGGUGGACUCGUCCUGGUGGUACAUUGGGGCACUUGGGGCGCGAGUGAUCUGUGACAACAUCCCCGGCUUGGUGAACAAGCAGAGACAGCUGUGCCAGAGGCACCCGGACCUCAUGCAGUCAGUGGGUGAUGGGGCCCAAGAAUGGAUCCGGGAGUGCCAGCACCAGUUCCGUUACCACCGCUGGAACUGCAGCACACUACACCGUCACCACGCUGUCUUCGGCCGUGUUGUGCAGCGCAGCAGCCGCGAGGCCGCGUUUGUGUACGCCAUCUCCUCGGCCGGUGUGGUGUAUGCUGUUACACAGGCCUGCAGCCAGGGGGAGCUCAGAUCCUGCAACUGUGAUCCCCACAAAAGGGGCCAGGGGAGAGACGAAAGGGGCAACUUUGACUGGGGCGGCUGCAGCGACCAUGUUGAUUAUGGGAUCAAGUUUGCCAAGGCCUUCAUUGAUGCCAGAGAGAGGACAGUCAAGGAUGCUCACGCCCUGAUGAACCUGCACAAUAAUCGCUGUGGACGGAUGGCUGUGAAGCAUUUUGUGAAGCUAGAGUGCAAAUGCCAUGGUGUGAGUGGCUCUUGUGAGCUGCGGACCUGCUGGUCAGCAAUGUCUGACUUCCGGAGGACUGGGGACUUCCUCCGCAAGAAGUACAAUGCAGCCAUAGAGGUCACCUUGAACCAGGACGGCACAGGGUUUGCGGUGCCCAGUAACGCCCUGAGGAGGCCCACUAAGAAUGAUCUGGUUUACGUGGAGAGCUCUCCUGACUACUGUGUCAUGGACAAAGCAGUUGGGUCUCUAGGCACUGCAGGACGAGUGUGCAACAAGUCCUCUCAUGGACCUGAUGGCUGCGAGGUCAUGUGCUGUGGCAGGGGCUACGACACCACCCGCAUUCGACGGGUAACCCAGUGCGAGUGCAAGUUCCGAUGGUGCUGUGCUGUGGAGUGCAAAAACUGCGAGGAGUUUGUAGACAUCCACUCCUGCAAAGCCCCCAAGCAUGCCGAUUGGCAGGACAAGACCUGAUGGUGGACAAUGUUGCCUUCGCAGAUUUCAGCCUUGCUCUCGGGAAUCCAUGGAUUUCUUGUCCAUUCCAUGUUCCUCCAAA